UGGCAUCAGCCAGUGAAGAGUGUUCUGCAAGAAAAGAAGCUGGGAACUGAGGCUGCAGGGGUUCUGCAGUGUGGGACAGGAGAAAUCAGCUUAUCCAGUGUAUAUAUUGCAUUUUUGAGGGGGAAGAGAUAAAUCAUCCAGCUGUAUGUAUCAGAAGUAGGUGGAACUGAUCCAGAGGUGAUAAGUAUAUUGGUCGCCAGAAGUGACCCUUGUGGUGAACGGCAGCAACACUUUUAGGCCAUUUCCACGACCCCUAUUAUCCUGCCACACAGUGUAAGUAUGGAGUGCUGCGACAUGAAUGCUAAGACUGUAGAAUGCAAAUGUUCUGUUAAACCAGAGGAUUUACUCCUGUACAGAAUAGGGCAGUUGUUGGCUCAGUGUAAUGAGGCAAACCAACAGAUAGAAAAGCAGAGUUUCAGUCUCUUUAAGAGAGAAGAAAAAAUGGCCAAUAUUAUGAAAAUGCUUGAUUUAAUGAGCAAGGAAGCUGAUAAUGCACAAUAUGUGCACAAUGUUAAACUUUUGAAAAAUGGAGACACACUAUGCUCUUCUUGCCAGAUUAAUUUACAGCAUAUAGAGACGCUGAAAGAGGAUUCUGAUGCAAGACGAGAAGCUGAUGGAGUGAUAAGAGCAAAGACACCGGCACAGAAUAGCUCUGUGUCACCAGCAGCAAACACUGAGUCACCUACAGUCUCUUCCAAAAGUGCUGAUGAGCUAAGCAACAGUGGUGCCCAUAAGUAUUCUUUACAUUGGUGGUGCGCACAGUGUGGCCAUUCUUUUUCCUUUACAGAGAUAUCAGCUUUGGAAGCACAUAAGGACAUGUGUAGAAAUGGUAUAGGGAAUACACUUGAACACCCUGCAGCAGAAAGCAGGGAAACUGUGCAGUAUUUGAUGAAGAUGAAGAAGGAGUUUGCACCAUUUGAUCCUAGAAUAGAUAUUGUUGCCAAUGUCAGUGCUUAUGAGGCUACAUGCACAAAGUAUAACCUUGAGGAGAAAGAAGCCUGUCUGAUGCUGAAAAUGUGGCUUCCACAAAACCUGUAUUGUAGAUUAAGAAAACCAGUUGCAGAACCUAACUGGUUUUUGGCUGCACAGUGGGCCAAUAAAAAUGACAGACUGAAGCAGUUCUUACAGUUAAACACACAAGAGAAAGGCCUUUCUAGUGAGAAUUUAAAUGAAUUUAAUGUUACUGUUAAGGAUAAUCCAUGGGUCUUUGCUUCCACAUUUGAACAGAUAUAUCAGCGGGAAACAGGUGAUUAUAGCUGCAACUUUAAUCACAUGGGAACUAUUCUCAUGAAAAAAAUUCACUGUUUGGAUAUUGCUACCAACAUGCUGGUUAAAAAAACAGAUACUCUCCAGGAGGUAACGCAAAAGAUUGAUGAGUACAACAGAGAUCCUCAGGAUCCAUGGAACAUUAGGCCUCUUCAUUCACCGAAGUUCCAAAAGCAACUACUUCCAAAAUCUCCAAAGGCAAAUGUAAAAAAGGCAGCUAAAGCCUUACCUGAAGAUGCAGCAAAGUGCUAUUACUGUAGAAAACCUGGACAUUUAAAAGUAAAUUGCUAUAAGUACCGGAUGGCUAAAAAUGCACUUCUGAAACCAACCCCAUCUGCUACUGCCAAACCCUCACUGGAAACGGCUAAGGAAUGUGCUUAUGAAAGUCUAAGAACAAAGUUUCAGACAAUUCAGAUUAAUAAAACUGAGGAACAAAAUAACCCGCCAAUUGAAGAGAAACUCCUCAUUGAAUUUUGAAAAAAAAAGGUCAAUAUAAUGUUUAUAAUAGGAUUAACUACACUUAUAAAGGUUAAACAAAACUUGAUUGUGUUCUUUAUCACAUUCUCAGUUUGUCUCUGCAAUGAUAUUUUUCAAAAAAUAAAAAAGCUUUUUUUAAAUAAUAGUUUUUUUUAACCUCAACUAUUAUCUACCCCACUUAUUAAUAAAUAAGCCUAGUGUCCAUGUAUUGGAUAUCUCUGGUCUAGAAGUCUAUCCUUGAAGGCAUGGGUUUUUAUUGCAUUCAUGUGCCAUUGACCUACCAUUCCCAGCAUUCUAUAAAUAUCAAGGGCUCCAAAACUAAGGGGCUGAUUUACUAAGACACGAUUUCGAAUCCGAAAUGGAAAAAUUCCGA